AUGCCUCUCCCUCGAGGCGUCUCUCUGCGGCACAUGCAGGCACUCCCCGCAGGUCGGUCGCUGCUCCGACCCCAACGGCGCUGGGCGCGGGUCCACGAUGUCCGCUUCGUAACGACACAUCGGGAUCAAGAGAAGAUUUUGGACCGGUAUAGACAUAAGCUGGAGCAGAAGGCGAAGAAUGGCUGUUAUCUUGUGCAAAUGAAACUGACGGCUGUGUUGGCGUUCAGAGAAGGACAUAAUUCCAUAUCCUCACUCACGGAGGCGUACAAGGAUAAGAUAGAGGACUACAAGCGGGCAGCCAAUGCCACAUAUUCAUCUGCACCCACAGGCCAGAGCCAGCCAGCACAACAAUCUCCAUUUCCACAGCCUCCGCCUCCUCCAACACCUACACAGCAACCGUUAUCUCCUACGAGUCAGCCACAAGAGAAAUCUUCCGCUCCAAAUCAAUCAUCUGGCGCUCCGGGAAUACAGCCUCUCUCCUCAUACCUUGACCUUGAAAAAGUGUCUGCUCUCUCUAACAAAGAGGUGGAAUACGUCUGGCGGGUUCGGCAUGCAAACGAUCCGUUGUCGCUCUGUGCCGCCAUACCAUUGGAAACAUACAAUCGCAUCUACCGCACCGCAAUGAAACACCCACAAUUUGUCCUUCCCUUACCUCGCCCGGCAGCUGAAGAUGGCAGCGGCGACGUAAAGCAAUCAGCCGACGGAUUUCAGAGUGACGAACAACGGUCUGCUGCGGAUAUUCAUUUCAUGCAAUGGGGAUUCCAUCCUCCUGCCGGCGUUCCCCCGACUCCAGGUGUAAAAACUGCAAAUACCCACACGAGCACCGUGCUCUUCACGCACUUGGCUGCCUUCAAACUUCACGGAACCUAUGCUCAGCCGCAUACGACGAUCACCCACUACCUCGAUCUCGCCGACUCGCACGGUCUGGUGUUGCUGAGCGGAUCUGUUGUCAAAGGGCGUGGGUUGAGUGUGGAAGAAGGCCGUUGGCUUUUGAUGUGCCUUCAGAAAUUCUAUGACUAUGAAGCAAAGGCGACCAGGGAUUCAAUCUGGAAGAGUUGA